CGGGUCGCCGUCAUGGCCGCGCAGGCGGCACACCGGGGCUGCCUGGCCUGAGUUCCAGAGGGAGACUCUGGGCCACGCAGGAUUGUCCCUGCCUCAUCUGUACACAUUGUCAUUGGCUUUUGCUUGCCCUCCGUCUGAUGUGGCCUCUGUUUCACAUCACAUCUGGAACUCGUCUGUCCCUCGCUUAGGUAUUUGCAUAGGAAUCAGAGGUGUUAAUCUUGUUUGAAUCUGCCGACAGACUCGUGGGAAGACUCCGUACCUGCCUCGCGGUGGAUGUGUCCUGUCACCCAGUAGACAGUCUGGUGACCAGGGACGUGCCCCAGCCCUAGCGCUAGUGAUGCGGAUGACCUUUCUGCUGCUGACCUGUGCCUCCGACUUUCUCCACCCAGCUUGAGACUGCAUGGAGCGGCCGUUCAAGUGCUUGCAGACUGACUGUGGCAAAGCCUUUGUUUCCAGAUAUAAAUUGAUGAGGCACAUGGCUACCCAUUCGCCACAGAAAUCUCACCAGUGCGCUCACUGUGAGAAGACGUUCAACCGGAAGGACCACCUGAAAAACCACCUCCAGACCCACGACCCCAACAAAAUGGCCUUUGGGUGUGAGGAGUGUGGGAAGAAGUACCACACCAUGCUGGGCUACAAGAGGCACCUGGCCCUGCAUGCGGCCAGCAGUGGCGACCUCACCUGUGGGGUCUGUGCUCUGGAGCUAGGGAGCACCGAGGUGCUGCUCGACCACCUCAAAUCCCACGCUGAAGAAAAGCCCCACACUGUGACCAAGGAGAAGAAGCACCAAUGUGACCACUGUGAGAGAUGCUUCUACACCCGGAAGGAUGUGCGUCGCCACCUGGUGGUCCACACAGGAUGCAAGGACUUCCUGUGUCAGUUCUGUGCCCAGAGAUUUGGGCGCAAAGACCACCUCACUCGCCAUACCAAGAAGACCCACUCGCAGGAGCUGAUGAGAGAGAGUCUGCAGGCCGGAGACUUCCUGGGCACCUUCCACACCAUCUCGCCUUCCUUUCAGCUGAAGGCUGCUGCCCUGUCUCCUUUCCCCAUAGGAGCUCCUGCCCAGGAUGGGCUUGCAGGUAGCAUGCCGGCUGAGGUCCAUGGCCUUAUCCUCGGCCCCCCAGAUCAAACGGCCCAACCAAUGCCACAGCUGCCAGAGUCCCUUGUGCCCAUGCACCCAUCGGUAGCCCCGGGCUCUCCUCCUCCAGUUCUCCAGAACCACAAGUACAAUGCCGGUUCUACCUCAUACCCGCCACUUGCAAACAUGCCCCUCAAAGCAGACACUAAAGGGUUUUGCAAUAUCAACAUGUAUGAGGACUUGCCGCUGCAAGAGCCUCAGUCACCUCACAAGCUCAGUCCAGGUUUUGAUAUGAUGAAGGCAGGUGCAGGAAAAAUAAACCUGCCCAAGGAGCUGCCUCCAGAUGCUGUGAACAUAACAAUUCCUGCCUCCCUGGACAUAUCCUCUCUGUUGAGCUUCUGGCAGCUGCCACCUCCUGCUCCCCAAAAUGCCUUUGGGAAUAACACUAUCCCCCUUGGGCCUGGGGAAUCUCUGCCCCAUAGAUUAAACUGUCUGGGGCAGCAGCAGCAGGAACCCCCGAUAGCCAUGGGCACCGUGAGCUUGGGCCAGCUCCCUCUGCCUCCUAUCCCCCAUGUUUUCACAGCUGGCACCAGCACUGCUAUCCUGCCUCAUUUCCAUCAUGCAUUCAGAUAACUUGUUUUUUCAAAGCAUAUUUUUCUUACUCUGGAGGAUGUCUUAGUGAGCAUUUUAAACAUGAGUUAUAAUACGAGUUAAGGUUUGGGAAAAAUGGGACUGGGCAUAUAGCUUAUCCCUUGACGACCGGCUUGAGAAAAGACAAUUCUCAAACUGCAUGUAUCGUGCCAAUCUGCCCUGCGCGCUCAUACUCUGUACUGCAUUGAAUGGACACAUGUACUUUAAUAGAACUGCGAGUAUUGUUAUAACCAACAUCCACCAUGACAGCUGCUCUAUAUCCACGUUUGUCAUAUUGAAUUUAAUCAUAAGCCAUGAUCAUAAUCGUGUUCACGAGAUAACUUUUUGUGGCACUGCCUAGUAGGGGAACUAUGGGAAGAGUUGGAUUUCUCCAAGUCAGGAGGCUUGUUCUAAAGAAGAAAAUUCCCUUUAUAUGGUAUAUUACACCUAGGCUGUGUAUUUCUUUUCAGGGAUUUUUUUCUACCUUCAGGGUUGGACGUAGUUUAGUUACUAUUACCGUAGCCAACCUUUAGUUUUGCAGAAAUAAUUCCUUGUGGAGCAGUAGAGUCAUCCAUUUUAAAAACAUUUAAAUGUAGUUUGAAUAUUUUCCACAUGAUACGGCAAUGUGAGUUAUCACUUCAUUUAUCUUAAAGACUAAACUGGUUGUCAACUAUAUCUGACAGAAAAAAAAAAAAUCACUGUGUAACCAGGUUAAGUGGUCAUAUAAUCCAGGCAUCAAAGACAUUAUGCUGACUUUAAUACUGAUUAUAUUUUUAGCAAGAAUUUAAGAAACUAU